AUAUUCCCCACGAAUAGGCAAACAAAAUAUCUAAAUAAAUUAGGGUUUCAGAGGAGCCUAUCCGCCGCUCAAUUUAUAUCUCUUGGUGCUCACAAAACCUAAACCACUGAGAACUCUUUGCAGCCGUUUUCUCUCGUUUUGUUUGGAUUUUGUGAGAAGCAAUUCAGCUAUAUUUCUGUCAGAUCUCUAAAAACUAGCCAAAAUGGUGAAGUUUACCGCUGAAGAGCUUCGAAGGAUUAUGGACUACAAGCAUAACAUUCGUAAUAUGUCUGUUAUUGCUCAUGUCGAUCACGGAAAAUCCACUUUGACUGAUUCUCUUGUGGCUGCUGCUGGUAUUAUUGCCCAAGAAGUUGCUGGUGAUGUUCGUAUGACUGAUACCCGUGCUGAUGAAGCAGAACGUGGUAUAACAAUCAAAUCCACUGGUAUCUCUCUUUACUACGAGAUGACCGAUGAAGCUUUGAAAAGCUUCAAGGGAGAAAGAAACGGAAACGAGUACCUGAUCAAUCUUAUCGACUCACCUGGGCACGUUGACUUUUCUUCCGAAGUCACUGCUGCUCUACGUAUCACUGACGGUGCACUCGUGGUGGUUGAUUGUAUCGAAGGUGUGUGUGUGCAAACCGAAACUGUUCUUCGACAAGCUCUCGGAGAAAGAAUCCGACCUGUCUUAACCGUCAACAAGAUGGACAGGUGUUUUCUCGAGCUUCAGGUUGAUGGUGAAGAAGCGUAUCAAACGUUUCAGAGGGUUAUCGAAAACGCUAAUGUCAUCAUGGCUACUUAUGAGGACCCACUUCUUGGUGAUGUCAUGGUUUACCCCGAGAAAGGAACCGUUGCUUUCUCAGCUGGGCUCCACGGUUGGGCUUUUACGUUAACCAACUUUGCUAAGAUGUAUGCUUCGAAAUUCGGUGUUGAUGAGUCUAAAAUGAUGGAAAGGCUUUGGGGAGAGAACUUUUUCGACCCGAAAACCAAGAAGUGGACCACUAAGAGCACCGGCACUGCAACCUGCAAACGUGGGUUCGUUCAGUUCUGUUACGAGCCAAUUAAGCAGAUUAUCAACACAUGCAUGAAUGACCAGAAAGAUCAGUUGUGGCCUAUGUUGACAAAGCUUGGUGUCACCAUGAAAUCCGAAGAGAAAGAGUUGAUGGGUAAGGCGUUGAUGAAGCGUGUUAUGCAGAAUUGGCUUCCGGCUGCUACCGCUUUACUUGAAAUGAUGAUCUUUCAUCUGCCUUCACCUCACACUGCCCAAAGAUACCGUGUUGAGAAUCUUUAUGAGGGUCCUUUGGACGAUCAAUACGCUAACGCUAUCAGAAACUGCGACCCCGAUGGUCCCCUUAUGCUUUAUGUUUCUAAGAUGAUUCCCGCUUCUGAUAAAGGUAGAUUCUUCGCCUUUGGUCGUGUUUUUGCUGGUAGGGUGUCUACCGGUUUGAAGGUUCGGAUCAUGGGUCCGAACUACGUUCCCGGUGAAAAGAAAGAUUUGUACGUUAAGAGUGUUCAGAGAACCGUCAUCUGGAUGGGAAAGAAGCAAGAAACCGUUGAAGACGUACCGUGUGGUAACACAGUGGCUAUGGUUGGUUUGGAUCAGUUCAUCACCAAAAACGCAACGUUAACAAACGAAAAGGAAGUCGACGCCCACCCCAUCCGAGCCAUGAAGUUUUCCGUCUCACCUGUGGUCCGUGUUGCAGUCCAGUGCAAGGUCGCGUCUGACCUACCCAAGCUUGUUGAAGGACUGAAACGUCUGGCGAAAUCUGACCCUAUGGUUGUGUGUACCAUUGAGGAGUCCGGUGAGCACAUCAUCGCUGGUGCCGGUGAGCUUCAUUUGGAAAUCUGUUUGAAGGACUUGCAAGAUGAUUUCAUGGGUGGUGCCGAAAUCGUCGUUUCCGACCCUGUUGUGUCUUUCCGUGAAACCGUCUUGGAGAAAUCAUCCCGAACCGUGAUGAGCAAGUCUCCUAACAAACACAACCGUCUCUACAUGGAAGCUAGACCCAUGGAAGAUGGUCUUGCUGAGGCUAUAGAUGAAGGCAGGGUGGGCCCACGUGAUGACCCCAAGGUUCGUGGUAAGAUCUUGUCUGAGGAGUUCGGCUGGGAUAAGGAUUUGGCUAAGAAGAUCUGGUGUUUUGGACCUGAAACAACCGGUCCCAACAUGGUUGUUGACAUGUGUAAGGGAGUCCAGUAUCUUAAUGAAAUCAAGGAUUCGGUGGUUGCUGGUUUUCAGUGGGCGUCUAAGGAAGGUGCUUUGGCUGAAGAGAACAUGAGGGGUAUUUGCUUUGAAGUGUGUGAUGUCGUUCUCCAUGCUGAUGCCAUCCACAGAGGUGGUGGUCAAGUUAUUCCAACCGCAAGGAGAGUCAUAUACGCGUCUCAGUUGACCGCUAAGCCACGUUUGCUAGAGCCGGUCUACCUUGUUGAAAUUCAAGCACCCGAGCAAGCUUUGGGUGGAAUCUACAGUGUGCUGAAUCAAAGGCGUGGACACGUGUUUGAAGAAAUGCAGAGGCCGGGUACCCCACUGUACAACAUCAAGGCUUAUCUUCCAGUCGUGGAGUCAUUCGGGUUUUCUGGUGCCUUGAGAGCUUCUACUUCGGGUCAAGCUUUCCCACAAUGUGUGUUUGACCAUUGGGACAUGAUGGGGUCAGAUCCAUUGGAAGCUGGUUCGCAGGCAAGCACGCUGGUGACCCAGAUCCGUAAGAGGAAGGGUUUGAAGGAGCAGAUGACACCACUGUCUGAGUUUGAGGAUAAGCUGUAAGCGCUGGAUGCAAGCUGUAAGUGCUGGAUGAGAUGUUAUCGAGAAUUACUGUCUGGGUUUCAUGUUAUUUUUCUACAAUGUUUUUUAGUAUGCUGGUUGUACUAUGUUAUGUUUUGUUGUCGUGAGAAACACCUACUUGCAGACGUUGAUGCUGUUAAUUUUGACAUUCUUGCUUUUACCAUUUUCAGUUUUUAGUUUUCUAUA